UUUCACAUUUUUAAAUGAGCAGAAAGAAGUAUGAGAAAAGAAUUGGAUUUACUGAAGUAAAUUUCCUACUGCUUUAUCCUUAAGUGCUACCUUGAGUUUGUAUAUUGCUUUCGGUACUGAUUUUUUGGUUGUGAUCUGUAUCAAAAUAAGUUUAAAUACUUUUUUGAAUAAUUGUAUUUUUUAUUAAUGCAGAAUAUGAAUUAAAAACUAAUAUAGAAUCUACCUACAUAAGCCAUCUACAUCAACAAAGGGUGAUUGAUCAUAUGCUGGAAGAAAAACAGAAUGAAGGGAUUCAAUCACCUUCAGUUUACCCUACAAGCAAAUGUUGUGCCAUUCUUUAUCUUUUCUUUUAACUAUGAAAAAUAUCUGCUCGUCAUAAAAAAAUUAUAGGCAGAAAAUGUGACUAAAUAAGUUCACGUUUUAUUUAGAAAGUCUAAACCGGAACUCCCAUUGUUGAUUUUGGUUUUCUUGACGCUGGAGCCACCAGCUCAGAUACCGAUCAGCAAUUGGCAGGUCAGCCGAGCACGGACGCUCUGAACGCGGGGAUGAAUCGUUUCCGUCCCGGUUGCAUUGCGAAAUGCUGCCGCUGACAGUUUGUCACUUUUCAAAAGCGUAACAUGCCUCAUUAGCUUUCGCUGCUUUCGUGACAGUGUGGAGUUUGCGGAGAGAGGUGUUCUGGUGCGGGACGAGGCCAGUCCAGUGCUGGAAGUGUUCCUGUUGGGACCUCAGCUUCAGUUUCAGCUGGCGGCAGCAUCGCGAGUCCAGGCUGAACGUGCAGGAUGAGACCGGGGCGACAGGCGCGCAACUCGGGCAUCACGUUCAGGUUUGUGCCGGCGGCGUGAUUCAGACACCCCCACCAUGGAGGAGAAGUUUAGCAGACUCAUUUUCAUCCCCAUUGCUGCGGUCAUUUUCCUAAUGAUCGGCUACCAGUAUGUGUGCCCGGCGGACAGCAACACCUGCCGCUUCAGAAGCGUCGUCCGGCAGCGCUUGCCGGCGUUCGACUCGCUUUACUCGGAGCCGGAGCCGGACGAGGACUUCCCGACCAAAAUCACAUCCAAGUUCAACUUCUCUGAGCGGGACCUGGACAGGCACGUCGACUUCAACAUCCGAGGGGAUGAUGUGAUGGUGUUCCUGCACAUCCAGAAGACCGGCGGGACGACUUUCGGUAGGCACCUGGUGAAAAACAUCCAGCUGGAGCAGCCGUGCGACUGCAUGGCCGGCCAGAGGAAGUGCACCUGCCACCGGCCGGGCAAAGCCGAGUCGUGGCUCUUCUCCCGGUUCUCCACGGGCUGGAGCUGCGGCUUGCACGCCGACUGGACGGAGCUGACGAGCUGCGUGCCGGUUGUGAUGAACAAGAAGGACAAGAAGAAUGUCGAGAAGAACAAAAAGAGUUUCUACUACAUCACUAUGCUACGUGAUCCUGUGUCACGCUACCUCAGUGAGUGGAAGCACGUCCAGCGUGGGGCUACUUGGAAAACAGCCCUCCACAUGUGUGACGGCCGCCCUCCCACUCAGGAUGAGCUUCCCGCUUGCUACAGCGGGGAGGACUGGACUGGUGUGCCGCUCACAGACUUUAUGAACUGUCCCUCGAAUUUGGCCAACAACCGUCAAGUGCGCAUGCUGGCUGACCUGAGUUUGGUGGGGUGCUACAACAUGUCCUCCAUGAGUGAGCUGGAGCGAGGCCGCGUGCUGCUCGCCAGCGCCAAGGCGAACCUGCGCAACAUGGCCUUCUUCGGCUUGACGGAGUUCCAGCGGAAGACGCAGUACCUGUUCGAGAGGACUUUCGGGCUGCGCUUCAUCCGGGCCUUCACCCAGAUCAACAGCACGCGCGCCGCAAGCGUGGGGAUAAGCGAGAAGGUGCGGUGGCGCAUUGAGGGGCUCAACGCCUUGGACGUGGAGCUGUACGAGUACGCCAAGGAGCUGUUCCUGCGGCGCUACCAGGAGAGCCGGCAGAGGCAGCACCAGGAGGAGCGACUCAGGAGGCGGCAGGAGAGGCAGCAGAGGCAGCGGCUGCACAGGAACUAUCUGGUUGAGCUGCUGAGACUGGGAGGCGGAGGAGCGGAGGAAGACGAAGAAGAAGAGGAGGUGAAAGUGCUAGAAGAGGUAGUCACCACCGAGGAUUACAGCAGCCAGGUGGUGCGAUGGUGAGGAGCCAGAACAUCACAGCACUGACUGACUGCGGAGGAAUUUCAUCGUUUCCUGCGACUCAGCCAGGACCUCUCACCCCUCACAGGCUUAUAGCGCUAUGUCAGACUGCCGAAAGGUGUCUUAAUAUUUACCAUGGAUGUAUUUGCUAUAGCAACAUGAACAUUUUGUAUUUUUUUUUUUUCUUAUGGCUAAAUUUUGGCACUGCAAUUGUGGAAAAUGUGUUUAUUUAUUCAUUUGCAAGUGCUUUGAAUGUUCUCAAGGUGGUGAAGAUAUUCCUCAAGUUGCGCAAUAAAAGAAAAAUACAAGGAUAUAAAUAUAAACAUAUGUAUAAUAUAAGAGAGGCCUAUUUAUUACAUUUCCUAAAUGAUGACUGGGUCCUGGACGUCCUGUUUGUUAUUUAGCUCCAUGUUGAAAUCUUGUGACUCUGUGGUGUUUGGCUUUAUAAGAGUAUCAAAGCACAAACUUGGCAAACUGCAGCGUGUUUCCUCCUUUCUGACUGCACUGAUGAAGCAAACUGUUACAGACCAACCAAUAAAAUUGGUGUAACAAGUUGAUCACAUUUUAUCUGACUAGAUUCUUGUGAAUUUUUCUGAAUUUUUCUUUUUCCAACACAGUUGGAAAAAGUCUAAAGAAGUAGAAAAUAAAAGAGUAUGAGGAACUGCUUAUAAUCCCAGGCUGUAUUCCCUUUCUUCCUUGUCUAAAAGUUGUACUUUCAUCUAAAUUUUCUUUCCUUUCCUUCCUUCCUAUGUUUGGGGCAUUCCUUUUUUUUUCUUUCCCAUUCUUUCAUUCCUUUCUUUUUCCUGUGUCCUUCUAUCAUGACAUCUUUUACAGUAAUGCUAAACAGUUUUUUUUUUUUUUUUUAAAAAGCUAUAUAAUCUGGGCCUGCUUCAGGAAAAUCAAUCGCCCCAAAAACCAACAACUACUUGUGCCGUCAUGCGCAGCAACAGCUAUCAUCAAGCAUUUCCGAUAACAACCAAUGAGCUCCUUCAGCUUCAUGUUUUUAACCGCCACAAACGUUUCUAAACACCCCAAACUGUCCGUUUCUCCAAGUUAGGUAUCAGUAUUAGCCAGCAACAAGCAACAGGUGGGGGAGGAGUCCCACUACAUACACUAUCCUUUAGGCAACUGAAGAAAUCGGCAGCAUCCUUUCAUUAAUAGGAUUUCAAACUUAAAGGGAAUCUUGCAGUUUUUGAAGCAAAACCUCUGUAUGUCUUGACCCUGUUAACUGCUCUGUAUUUAGUACCUACUUCACAAAAUUUCCAUUAUUUAGCUCAUUGUUCUUUCAUUGUUAGAACUAAACAAAAAAAUAAUUUGUUGAGGAUUAGGAAGCUCAGCCCUGUUAGCAUUAGCACUGUUGCUAAAGACACAGACUCGUGUUGUUAUUCCACACAUACAUUUUUGGUAAACUUUUACCAAAUUGGUAUGUUAAAUCACAACACAACCCAUAGCAACCUUGUUACUCUCUGCGUGAUACUUCCUAUGACCAAUGAGGAAAGCUAAUGACCAACUGAACCCAACAUAUUGUGACAUAAAUGUUUAGAUCAGAGGAUGGUUCAAUAAAAACACGCAGCGUCCUGCGAUGGUAAUUUGUACCUGAUGGACGUGCUUCUUCCACGCUAUAAAAAUCUUCCCACUUCUUCCCCAUUCACGCACAGAUGAUGAGUUUUUUUCCUUUUUUUUUCACCCAUGAAGAGGAGAG